GGAACAAAAAUUGAAAAAUAGUGUGGUGGUGUUAGACUUAACUUUUUAGUAUUUUGUAAUUUUUUUAUAUUUCAAAACUGUUAUGAAUUGUAUACUUAAGCUUAAGCCCUAGGCAUGGAAAAAUAUUGAACCCUUGAGCUCCAGUGCAUCAUCAAGGAUUUGUGGCCGAAAUACAAAAGAAUGAUUUAAAAAAAGUGAUACCUUCAACUUUCAGCUCUUGCUUGCAUUGUUCACUUUGAACUCCUUCCUAAAAAGAUGUAUUCAAACUAUCCAUCAACGAAAAUCAAAGAAGAGGUAGACAUAAAUAGAGCAGGUGAUCCAGCCAUUAUAAAACUGGAACAAUAUUCAAAUUAUGAAGAAAGUUCUGAGAGUUUCAAGAUUGAAAAAGUGAAAAUAGAUAACUGGGUUGGUUGUGGCUCAUCUACAAUGGAAUGUGUGAAUGGAGAAAUCGCCAAAGAAGUGUCCUUAACUAUACCAAUCAAAGAUGAAUUGGCCGUCAAGCUUGAGAAUAAUCUAGAUGAUGCUUCCUUUGAUACAUUAGAUAGGUAAUUCAUUUAUAUGUGGAAAUUACUGAAGAAUAGUGUAAAAUAGUAGUUAGCCACUGAUUAACACUUCCCACCAAAAUAUACCGCUUCCAGU